AUCUGCAGCUGGGUCAAUUAGCAAGUAGCUCCAACAGCUUAAAAGCCAGCUGGAGCUCAGGCAGCCCUGAUCAAACAUGGAGACAAUAGAGAAAGUGUUUGUGGUCAAAGAUAUGAAAAGCUUUGAGUGCUCAUCUCCAUCAGAGCUUGACAGGAAGUUUUAUGGGGAACAGAGUCUGCUGUCUGCACUGUCACUGGAACAACUGUCCACAUCGAGGGUGUUGAAUGACACGACAGCUGAUGGAUUGGACACCAGGCCGUCUGUUGGAGCCUCUCUCUGCCUGUCCUCUGACACCGCCUCCCCCUGUUCAGGGUUUUCAGUGAACACCAUGAACACUCAUGAAGCUGACGGCUGCUACCUGGCCGUCCCGUUACAGGGGAAGUCCUCCACUCCCCACAUGCUCCUUCAGAAGCCAAAGCAGGCAGCUUGUUUUGAUCAGUCAUACAACGAUCUCACCGCCUCGCAAAUGUCAUGGGACGUGUCUGUGAUCAAGUCGGAGAGCAAUAGCCCCAGAUUCUACGUGGAGUCCUGCACUCUGGAGCAAACGUGGAGUCCAAAACCCUCACAACAAGAGUCACUAGCUGAUGUUUCGCCCUGAUGUGGCUAAAAUUAACACG